AUGGAUCAAGUCAAGCAAUGGUAUGGUUCAAUGAAAAAUGAAGAGAAUGAACUGUUGGAUAAAGAGAGAAACGAUGAUUCGGAGAAUGAUUUAGAGAAAGAAGGAAGCAGUGCUGCAAAGAAAACGACAAAUGACACAGGCAGUGAUCAAGAAUGGACUAGGGAAUCUGAAGACCAAAGACUAUUGGGCCAUAGCAACGUGAUUCAUCGUGCAUUCAACCUCGCUAAUACACAGUCGUGUAAAUCCAACAAAACCUCAAUUUCAUGCAGUAAUCUGGCAACGUCAUUAGAACUGCAAUCUGCAGAUAAAGAAAAAUCUAGCCAACCACCUGCUUUAGUGGCUGACGCCGACGAGCUUGUUACAGUCGAUUCCAAACAAAUGCCGAAUUUGGCUUCUGGUCUCGACGUUAUGUCUCAAAAAGAAAGUGUCAUCGAAUUGAAUUCGUCCUCCAUUGGGAAAGUAUCUGUUCAAGGAUCUUCAACAACGCAAGGUGUUGUAAUGGUCCAAAGUCGAGAUAAUACAAACGUAUUCACCUACAAAUGCGAAAAGUGUAGUAAAAUGUUUGAUGAACACAUUCCCUCCUCACAAGCUUUGAAACGAUCUAAUAGUGAGGUACACACUGAUGAUAAACGCUACAAAUGCGAAACGUGUGGUAAAAUAUUUCAACGGAAAUGCGAUUUACGUCGUCAUUUGAUAAUUCAUACAGGUGAAAAACCUUAUAAAUGCGAGAUUUGUGAAAAAGGAUUUACUCGCCCAUCGAAUCUAAGCAGACACAUUUGGACAAAUUUGCAUUUCAAUUGUGAAGUUUGUAACAAUGGAUUUGAUAAUGAACAGGAUAAAUUUAAUCAUUUAGAAACGAUGCAUUCUGACAUGAAUGAAAGAUCGUAUAAAUGUGACACAUGUGCAGCUACAUUUAAACGUAAAGAUUACCUUAAACAGCAUACAGCAAUACAUACAGGCGAGAAACCACAUGUUUGCGAGAUGCAGGAUACCCUGAUGCAAUCAAAUAUCAAUGUCGAAAGUGCCAAUCCAAUAACAGUUUCUACAGUUGUUAAAAAUGAACAACCGGAAGAAAUAGGCAAAGUUAAAAUAGAUUCUGCGAAAUUACUGGAAACAAAAACACAGAAAAAUGAAUCUAUGGAAAUUGGAGUAGACAAACAAGAAAAAACAUCGAUCAAACCCAAAAUCAAGACUGACAAAGCAACUACCGAAGAAAAUGCAGAUCUAAGUAACGAAGAAUAUAUUGUCGAUAGAACAUUAGUCAAACGUUUUAAUACUAAAAAGAGAUAUUCGGAAUUCGUAAACAAAUGGAAAUGCUAUCCACAUGAAAAGGCUUCAUGCGAAUCUGCAAAAGCCGUAGCAGCAUCCAAAAGUUUAUUGGAUCAAUUUGAGCGGAGUCACGCUAAGCAAAAGGAGACUAAAGAAGCGCAAAAGAAGACUAAUACAGUCGUCGGAGGUGUCACUUUGCCGUUGCAGAAAUCAGUGAUAAAAACUGAGACUAGUCAACCUGGACCAAGUACUACGGCUCAAGAAAGACGUUCGAUGCGGUCUAGUAAAUUAAAAGCGAUGGACCAACUCAAAAAAAGAAGGAAGCAGUGUCGCAAAGAAAACGACAAGGCAGUGAUGACACAGGCAGUGAUGAAGAAUGGGGAAUCUGAAGACCAAAGACUGUUGGGCCAUAGUAACGUGAUUCAUCAUCGUGAGGUACAUACUGAUGAUAAGCGCUACAAAUGCGAAACAUGUGAUAAAACGUUCCAGUACAAAUCGCUAUUAAAUCGUCAUUUGUUAAUUCAUACAGGUGAAAAACCUUAUAAAUGCGAGUUUUGUGAAAAAGGAUUUAC